AAAUGUUAGGUGAGUUUAAAUCUUACACAAGGUUAUAACAGUUACACAUUCCUGUGUCUCCAGAUUAAUUUAAAAAAAAAACUAUUCUGACCUGAUUUCAUUGGCUUGUUGGAAAGGAAAAGUGAAAGUUUCACAUUGGGCUACAGUACAGAUGACUUGUUGCUCUCAUUUCUAUUCUACUCACCCUGAGGGAAAGAUGAACAUAACUACAGUUGCUCUUUGUGCUCUUCUUUUUUUAGUUGCAACAACUGAAGAAAGAAUUGUUUCCUCUGGUCAGAAAUGUCUUUGCAUUGGAGAAGGAUUAAAUUUUAUCAAAACUAAACUCAUUCGCAAUAUACAGGUUUUUCAGAAGAGUAUCACCUGUGACAAAGUUGAAAUCAUUGCCACAUUUAAGAAGACUGGGAAGCAAGAAUGUCUUAAGCCGGAUUCCAAGAGGGUGAAGAAGAUUCUUGAUAGGCUUUUAAACAAACGAGGACUCAAACAACAAUCAAAGAGAAGACAAGGGAAGAAAACAAAAGCGUUUUUAUCCCAUUGAAGAGUUUCUGUGCAUCAUUAUUCGUCUUCCAGUGAUGUGUUGUGUGACAAUCUAAAGGAUUCAUUUAUAUGUUGAAAGUAAUAGCAAAUUAGAUGGCGUGGCACGGUGGAAGUAAAUAGCAUUGGUGUGCUUUAUAUCUAAAUUUGGCAGAUACACGUGUGGAAUGUGGCUGGGUCUUGAUUGAAUAAUUGAUCGUUUGUUUGGGGUGACUGGUUGAGGUGUGAAGCUGAAUGCCCAGCCUGAACAGUAGUGUUUCUGUCCAGAUUUCUUUUGUUAUGUUUGAACCUUUUAUUUUGGCCCCUGUGCCUUUGUUUCUUUGUUUUUGUUUGUUGUGUUGAAUUAAAGUGUGCUUUGCGCUUAAAACUGCA